AUGCCCAUCGGAGCAGCGGACGAUGGCGGCCGCCCGCCUGCGUCGACGGCGGUGGCCAUCGACAAAGACAAGAACAGCCAGCAGGCGGUGAAAUGGGCCAUCGACCAUCUUCUCCUCGGCAGCUACGCCGUCAUCCUCAUCCACGUCAAAACCAAGCCCCCACUCAACCAUGAAACCACCUCCGAUGCGAUCCGAGAACAAGCGGAGAACGAGAUGUCACAGCUGUUUCUCCCCUUCAGGGGAUUCUGCGCUCGAAAAGGGGUGCACAUGACGGAGGUCGUACUGGAAGACAACGACGUGUCGAAGGCCAUCAUCGACUACAUCAAUGCAAACUACAUCCAGAACAUCGUUGUCGGUGCCUCCAGCAGAAAUGCACUGACGAAGAAGUUCAGGAACCCUGAUGUGCCCACAAACAUUGGUAAGCUGGCGCCGGAGUUUUGUGCAGUUUACGUCAUAUCGAAGGGGAAGCCGGUGACGGUCAGGACGGCGAAAAGCCCACCUCCUCUUGCCGGUGUUCUUCCUCCACAACCGUCGGUUCUGGCUAGCCCUCAAAUGGCAGACCCUGAUGACUCGAUCAAAACACCAUUCAUGAGGGCGGGCUAUCGAGGGACAAUGGCACCGGGAACACCAGAUAGAAGGUCCUUCGAGAGGAACAUGGAGCAUAUAAGGACACCGUCGCGGGAGCGCCCGCUGUUGGGAGGCAGAACACCACCCGGCAACGUGUUGCUCGACGGCAUCGACUCUUCUCACCGCCCGCCGAGGCCAUCCGCCUCGCGCGAUAUGAUCUUCGACGACCUGGACUUCCAGGGGGGCACCGGGUUCCAGUCCAUGGACUUCGGCUCGAUGGAGAUCUCAUCGACCUCGUCGGACAGCCCCAAGGGUUCCCUCUCCCCUACUUCAGGUGCACAGCGAGACUUGGAGGCCGAGAUGAGGAGGCUGAAACUGGAGCUGAAGCAGACGAUGGAGAUGUACAGUACAGCCUGCAAGGAAGCCAUCUCAGCCAAACAAAAGGCGAAAGAGCUUCACCAAUGGAAGCUGGAAGAAGCCCGCAGGGUGGAGGAAGCAAAGCAUGCCGAGGAGAUGGCCCUUGCACUGGCAGAAAUGGAGAAAGCCAAAUGCAAAGCCGCGGUAGAGAUGGCGGAAGCGGCGCAGCGGAUUGCGGAGCAGGAGGCGAGAAAGAGGAUGAACGCGGAGAUGAAGGCCAAGCGCGAAGCAGAGGAGAAGGUCAAAGCGUUGGAUGCCUUGGCCAUGACCGACCUCCGGUACCGGAAGUACAGCAUCGAAGAGAUCGAGAUCGCCACCGAUCAGUUCUCCGCGAACCUCAAGAUCGGUGAAGGCGGAUACGGGCCAGUGUAUAGAGCUUGUUUGGACCACACGCCCGUCGCCAUCAAGGUCUUGAGGCCUGAUGCUGCACAAGGAAGGAAGCAAUUCCAGCAAGAGGUUGAGGUACUGAGCUCCAUACGGCACCCCAACAUGGUGCUGCUGCUGGGGGCCUGCCCCGAGUACGGAUGCUUGGUGUACGAGUACAUGGACAACGGGAGCCUGGAGGACCGCCUCUUCCGGCGAGGCAACACUCCGCCGAUACCAUGGAGCGUGCGGUUCAAGAUCGCUGCAGAGAUAGCCACCGGGCUGCUCUUCCUGCACCAGGCCAAGCCGGAGCCGCUGGUUCAUCGGGACCUCAAGCCGGGCAACAUCCUCCUCGACCGCAACUACGUGAGCAAGAUCAGCGACGUGGGCCUGGCGCGGCUGGUGCCGCCGUCGGUGGCCAACCAGGUGACGCAGUACAGGAUGACGUCCACCGCCGGGACCUUCUGCUACAUCGACCCGGAGUACCAGCAGACGGGCAUGCUCGGUACCAAAUCCGACAUAUACUCCUUCGGCAUAAUGCUUCUGCAGAUCAUAACCGCCAAGCCUCCCAUGGGGCUCACGCAUCAUGUGGAGAGAGCCAUCGAGAGGGGAUCCUUCACGGAGAUGCUCGACGCCACCGUGAAGGACUGGCCGGUGGAGGAGGCGCUUGGGUUCGCCGAGCUGGCUUUGAAGUGCGCGGAGCUGAGGAGGAAGGACCGGCCAGAUCUGGGGACGGUGGUGCUACCGGAGCUGAACCGGCUGCGGAAUCUUGGCCAUGCUUAUGAAGAUAGUUUCAGCGGCGGAGGGGGGAGCGGCAUUCCCUCCACCGCCAGCAGCAACAGCAGCAGCAGCUUCGGCACUGGGCCGCCAACUUUGAAUGGAAACCUUCGAGCCACGUCUCUUGCCAAUCAGGAGAAGGCUUUGAACACUCCAAACGUAGGGACGCAAUGGAAAUCUACGAUGGACACAAUGCAGCAGUGAAGGAGGGACGGAGUGUAAAGCUAGGAGGAAGCUUAGGGCAAAACACAAAAAUUACCUUGGUGCAUGUAUGACAUCUCAUUGUUAUCUCCAUGGACAUGAAAGGAAGGAAGUAAAACUCAUAUCGAUCAGAAAGAAAGAGACUGGAAUUUUGCACACGCACUCCACGGACGCAUCUGUUUCCUGGUGAUGUAUGCUGCAGUGAAAACACUUGUAUGCGUGGGCUGUAAAUUA